AUGACCAAAUACGUGAUAUUAGGUUCUGGGGUGAUAGGGUUGUAUACAGCAUAUUUACUUCUUGAACAAGGAUUUUCUUCAAAGGAUAUAAGAAUUGUUGCUAAACAUGUACCCGGGGAUUUGUCCCAUGAUUAUGCUUCUCCUUAUGCCGGUGCUACAGUCAAUUUUGUCAAAUCCACUGAUCCAGACAUCAAAUCCUAUUACAAGUAUACCUAUCAAAAGUUAGGUGAAAUCAGAAAGAAAUUUGGAGCAUCCUCAUGUGGGGUUGAUUUGACUACCAACACCGAAUCUUGGAUUGAAAUGCCUAAAAAAGAACAAUUGGAAUUCUUCAAAUCUUAUAAUAAUAAUUGGAGGGAAUUGAAAGCUGAAGAAAUGCCUAAAGGUGCUAAAUUUGGUUUGAGCUAUCAAACUUUUGUUAUCAACAGUCCAUUAUUCAUUAGAAAAUUGUUUGAUUUUGUAACAUCAGAAGGAAUCAAAGUCGACAAAAGGGAAGUCAAGCACAUUCUGGAGAUAUUCGAUUCUAACACUGAAAUAGUAUUCAACUGUUCUGGUUUGGGGGCUUCCAAAUUAGGGGGUGUUGAGGAUUCCAAGUGUCAUCCUACUAGAGCCCAAGUAACGGUUAUUCGAGCCCCUCAUCUCGAAGGAGUUAGACUUCACUGGAAUGAAAGUGCUAACUAUAUGAUCAAAAGGCCAUUCUCGGGUGAUGAAGUCAUCUUGGGAGGAUUUUAUCAGCCUAAAAAUUACAACCGGGAUGUUAAUGGUUAUGAAACAAAGGAUAUUUUAAAAAGGGUUACUGAGUGUUUUCCUAUCUUAAAGGAAGGUCAAAGCAUCAAAGAUUUGGACAUUUUGAGAGAAGUAUCUGCGUUUAGGCCAGGGAGAGAAGGUGGAGUGAGAAUCGAGAAGGAAUCCAUAUCUGGCAAAACAGUGGUCCAUAAUUAUGGAGCGGAAGGCACAGGAUUUGUCCAAGGAUUGGGUAUGGCAAGACAUGCGAUCCAGUUGGCUAUCAGAUCCUCUAAGUUAUGA